CGAAUUCUGUAUUCAUCAGACGACGACUGUGAUUCGUUCGAACAGCAUUAUUGUAGCAUUGUAGUACAGUGUUGUAAUCGACUACUAAAAUUGCCGCAGAGAUCUUACUGCCAUCGCUGGAUUUAAGGGAUUUCAAAAUGAAAAUGACUUCGUUCAAAGUCUUUGCAUUGUGCGUUGCGAUCGUAUGCCUCACGUCAGUGGCAAGAGCCUCUCCAGUACUGAAAUUAAUUUCGGGCGUUUUGGCUACGACAGAGAAUCCAAUCAUAGAGAAUCAUGGUUGCAGAAAACACAAAAACCUCGUCGUGCAGAAUGUCGUGGAUCUCAAAACUUACGAUUCCAUGUUGAUCACGAACGAAGUGGUACAGAAACAAUCGGUGCAUGAGCCCAUGGUGUCACAGAAAUUGCACCAACUACGCAGGACCUUCGACAACAAAGAAGAUCAGCUGACGCAAGAGUUGGACAGCGACAAUAACAGUUCUCCUGUAGACUCAAAAGAAGUUGUAAGGCAGCAUACUUCGAACGUGCACGAGGACUCUAAACAGUCGAACGAGGUCCAAAGUUCUGAACAGUCGAACGAGGUCCAGGACUCUCAGCAGACCAACGAGGUGCCGGACUCUGAACAGACGAACGAGGUCCAGAACUCUGAACAGUCGAAUGAGGUCCAAAGUUCUGAACAAUCGAACGAGGUCCAGGACUCUCAGCAGACCAACGAGGUGCCGGACUCUGAACAGUCUAACAAUGACAACGAGAAAAUUCCCCGAGAGCUCCCGGACCCCGAUUCCUACGAAUCCGAAGAAACCGAAGGGUCCCACGAGUCCGGAGAGAACACCGACGAUGACAAAGAGGACAGAGAGAAAAGCGAUACAGACGAUACAGUUAGUCCAUCCCCAUCAGAACAGACGUAAUUUCAAUACAUAAUCCGCUAUUAAUCGUUGCCUACAUAUAUCAUAAUAUUAUAUUAUGGCACACAUUUUUUGGACGGUCAUCCUGACCUAAGUUAAUGUAACCAUAAUGAUAAUAAAUUCUUCACCCUUAUAGUAUUCAUAAUUUUAUUUAUAAAUCCAUCAAUUGUAUAUCAAUAUAAUUAUUUAAUUCUCUGUGACUUUUAUAUUCUAAUAAAUUAUAUUAUAUUAUGCA